AUGAUGGACCUCAACAGCAAGGACAACGCGUUCCUGACCCAGCACAAGAGCAACAUCGCGCUGUGGUCGGGCUUCGUGGUGGUCGUGUUCUUCUGCUACCACUUGUUCAGCGAUGGCGACUUCUCCUUCCUUAUGACCAUGGGCGCGUUCGUGCGUGCCUUCGGCUUCGCCUUCCUGAUCUUCAAGGCCUUCUCGCAGCGCUCGGUGGCCGGUCUGUCGCUUAAGACGCUGGAGCUGUACGCGUUCGUGUUCCUCUUCCGUCUGAGCUCCAUCCUGCGCUACCAGGGCUACCUGCCCUACGACCGCAGCGGCGACUGGCUCUACACGUUCCUGGAGAUCGUGGCACUUACGCUCUGCUGCGGCGUCAUCUACCUGGUCACCAUGCGCUUCAACUCGACCUACGAGCUGCGCUACGACACGUUCGGAUGGCUGCACCUGCCCACGGAGCUCGGCGGCCUUUACAUUCUGCUGCCCUGCAUCUUCUUCGGCAUGCUGAUCCACCCGAACCUGAACCGCAACUGGACCUCAGACGUUGCCUGGACCAUUGCGCUGUACAUUGAGGCCAUGGCUAUCCUGCCUCAGCUGUUCAUGUUCCAGAAGCGCGGCGGCGGCGCUGUGGAGUCGUGCAUCUCGCACUUCGUGUACGCGCUUUCGUUCGGCAGCUUCCUGCACCUGGUGUUCUGGUUCUCGUCGUACCACGAGCUCGGAGAGAAGGACGCUGGCCAGCACGUGGGCUACACGGUGAUCUUUGUGCAGAUUGGCCACAUGCUGAUAAUGGCGGAUUUCCUCUACUACUACUUCAAGAGCAUGAAAGAUGGAGGCCCGAUGAUGCUGCCCACGCACGGCGCCUACCAGGCGUAG